CCAGCCUUUUACCACUUCCAUCCAGAAAGAAUAUAGGGAAAUCUGGAAUUGAACAUGAGUACGCCUUCUCGUUUUAUUCCUGAACAUAGGAGACAAAAUUACAAAGGAAAAGGAGCUUUUCAAGCUGAUGAGUUGCGUCGCCGACGUGAAACGCAGCAAAUUGAAAUUCGUAAACAAAAGCGCGAAGAGAAUCUGAACAAGCGUCGUAAUUUAGCAGAUGUAGUUGAAGAGCCUACUGAAGAAGUUACGCCCAUAGUAAAUGAAAAGGAAAAUGACUCCGAGUUGGAUUUACAGUUGCCUAACAUGGUAAGAGCUUUGUAUACCGAUGAUAUUGAAAUACAAAUCCAGGCUACUACCAAGUUUCGUAAAGCUUUAUCGAAAGAGCAUGACCCACCUAUUCAAAAGGUCAUCAACACUGGUGUUGUGCCCCGUUUUGUAGAAUUCUUGGGACACGAAAAUAAUUUACUCAAGUUUGAGGCUUCCUGGGCGUUAACCAACAUUGCAAGCGGGUCUUCAGAUCAGACUCAUACCGUUGUAAAUUCUGGUGCCGUUCCCAUUUUUGUCAGUUUACUUUCAUCUCCUGAAAAGGAUGUUCGCGAGCAAGCUGUUUGGGCUCUUGGUAACAUUGCUGGUGAUUCACCCAUGUGCCGUGAUCACGUCCUUCAGUGCGGAGUUUUGGAACCUUUGCUAGCCGUCAUUGGAUCUUGUAAGCGUCUUAGUAUGCUUCGCAACUGUACUUGGACCUUAUCGAAUAUGUGCCGUGGUAAAAACCCUCAACCAGACUGGAAUGUAAUCUCUUGCGUAAUCCCAGUUUUGUCGAAAUUAAUAUAUUCACUUGAUGAUGAUGUUAUAGUAGAUGCCCUUUGGGCUAUUUCUUAUUUAUCGGACGGGCCCAAUGAAAAAAUUCAAGCAAUUAUAGAUGCAGGAAUCCCUAGAAGGUUAGUUGAGCUUUUAAUGCAUCCUAACCCUCAAAUCCAGACUCCCGCUCUUCGCUCUGUCGGUAACAUCGUCACUGGUGAUGAUCUUCAAACACAAGUCAUCAUUAAUUGUGGUGCUCUAAGUGCUCUAUUGUCAUUGCUCAGCCAUCCUCGUGAUGGUAUCCGUAAGGAGGCCUGCUGGACAAUAAGUAACAUUACAGCAGGCAAUGCCUCACAAAUUCAGUAUGUCAUUGAAGCCAACAUUAUUCCUCCCUUGAUCAACCUUCUCGCAACAGCUGAUUUCAAGAUUCAGAAAGAAGCCUGCUGGGCUGUCUCCAACGCUACCUCUGGUGGUAUAAAUCAACCAAGUCAAAUUCGAUAUAUCGUUUCUCAAGGUGCUAUCAAGCCCUUGUGUAAUCUACUUGCUUGUCAGGAUAAUAAGAUUAUUCAAGUUGCUUUAGACGGAAUUGAAAACAUACUUCGCGUUGGCGAGCUUGAUCGAGCCGAGAAUCCCGACAAGAUUAACUUAUACGCUGUUUAUAUUGAGGAUGCUGGCGGUAUGGACCUUAUCUACGAAUUGCAAAAUUCUGCAAAUGCGGAAAUAUAUCAGAAGGCAUAUAACAUCAUUGAAAGGUAUUUUGGAGAAGAAGAUGUUGUUGAGGAUCUAGAACCUGAUGUUGCAGGGGACACAUUCACUUUUGGAUCUAGUGAGUUGCCGACUAGCAACUUCAACUUUGAGAAUAAAGGCGAAGAUAUGCCCAUGUAAUGACUUGGCAUUCUGAACGGUGUUGAGGAAUUGUGUAUUUUUUUUCUUAAGUUUGUUUUGUUUUCUUUCUUUUUCCUCAUUUACUAAUUCCAUGUUUGUUUUGUGCGUAUUCUAUUUCUUGUUUGUAUAACUGAAGUAAUGGAUCGUCGUGCUAUCAUCUUUUAGCAGCCUAAUUUGCCUGUUUCGACGAUAAAGCAAAAGGGUAUUUAUUCCUUUUGACUUUUUGCGCGAAAGAUACUUAAUUUUCGUAUUACUUUCAAGAAAAGUAAAAUACCAUGAAUGACGAUAAUGAUUGUUUAUAAAUUAGAUGCAAAUUUGCCAACCAA